AUGACACCUAGGCCACUCUGGCACUGCCCCUUCCAGAACGGUCCGCGCCGCAGAAGGCCGAGAGACGGCGAGCGGGAAGCAGCUAGGCCGCCAAGGCGUGUGCGCCAAGCACGACGGAGACAAGAGCUGGAGGCAGUGGGCUCUGAGACCAUCCCGGUUUGCUUGGUCGAUGAUAGUACCAGCUCAGAAUCCCUGGCUACGGAAUCUCCGCACGAGGACGCCGGUACCGGUGCUUCUACGCGUCCCAUCACUCUAUACAACACGGUCUCACGCACAGACUCCACGGACCGGCAGGUAUUGCAGAGAGAGAUGGCACCGGACGCUUUUAUGGCGCUGGCAUCGCAGAUGGGACGUCCCUACGCGCAGGCUCGGGCCGAUGGUCGCUUCGGGUCUAGCUCUUCAUCGGGUGCAUGGGCCAGGGGUACGCGACAUACAUUGGUCCUUGAGUAUCCGCGUGCCGUGGGCGCCACACCGGGCACCGACCUCACUCUUGAUCAGCUUGCAGAGGUCGAAGCUGCGGACAUGGCCCCUUCGUUUUCUGAGCAUCGAAGUUGGCCGGCUGGCUCUCCCCCGUCACUGCAGCAGCAGCAAUCCGCGUUCUAUGGUUCGCGGGCCACCUCUGGCACAGAUCGCCCUCGACCUAAGAAACGCCCUAGAAUGGAUGGCACUCGACUCGACUCCCCAGCAUUGGAGCCUCGGCAGAUCGACAUUCCGCCCCUCGUAACCGUUUCCGAGAGCCAGGCCAUCGACGCGAUCACCACCGAGGUACCACCGACAUGGGACCUGGACCUAGAGGACACACCUGCGGUGAGCGUUGAUGCGGAAGUACUCAAUGCCCCUGCGGUCCCUGCUGUGGCGGAAUCGGCCCCCAGAACUCCGCCCUUCGCGGAGGUUUCUGUGAUAUUCCGGGUGGCGUUGCUGGAAACCUACGAGGCACGUCUCGCUGAGGGCGAAGCAAUGAUCGAGGCGGGCACGCCACCGCAAGCCUUCGCAUGGACCCCAAUGCUCCAAAUUGUGCGGGGGCGUGUACAGGAGUGCGAGCGAGAGAGGAGGAGUGUCAUGAUCAUAGGAGGUGACUUUAACACUUCAUGCACCACGGCCAAGCCGCAUGUGGGCACAGGCCUGCUGCCCCCGCCGCCCAAUUGGGCCCUGGAUCAGGAAGACUUCCAGGCACUACUAGUCGGUCUUGGUCUGUGUGCCAUCAAUACCUUUGCUGACUCUGGCUCCCCACAUACCUUUGCCUGGGGUUCCCAGCGCUCCCACAUUGACUUUCUACUCAUCCGAUGUGAUAUGGCCGACAGAUUCUCCCGCAUGGCCCGCCCACUGCAUGAGUAUCCGGUGGGGGCGUGGCGAGGCGGACCCAAACAUUACCCGGUCUUUGCACGCAUCCCUGUGCACUGGUGCCCAUGGCACCGCACAGGAACCCCGCAACGCACCUUGCAGAUCCAUAGACAUGCCAUUGCAGACGCAUUGGCAGGCCAAGCCGAUGAGCGUGUCAGCUCCUUCCGACAGGAGCUGCAAUCAUGCCUCCCCCAGGUAGGUCAGGAGCUUCAGGGUUUGCACGACGCUGUGUAUGCUAUUGCUGUUAAGCACUUCCCCCGAAAACCUCCGGUCCAGGGCCCUCGUCCCUGGCAGGACGGUACUCUCCAGCAGUACGCUGCGCACAUGUGGGGACACCUCCGCCUCUUGAGGCGAUGGGCUCAGCGCCCAGGUGCAGCAUAUUGCAAGCAGGCCUUGUUCCGCUGCUGGUACCACAGUAUGAAGUACUUGCGCAUGCAUCGGGGUGCACAGCAACAAGGCAAAACACUUCGUCGAGCAAGGAGGCAACACCUGCUGACGGAGGCAGAGCAGGCCAUCAGUUCCGGCCAAUCUCGUCUCUUCUAUCAGCUCAUCGAUAAACUAGCACCGAAGGGACGCUUUCGGAAGUUCCAGAUGAACAAGGGAGGCCAAAUCCUUUCACCAACAGAGGAACUGGAAGUGAUGCGCACACAUUUCCUUCAGGUCUUUAACCAUGGCAACUCUGCCCAGAAGGCCGGCGCCCCAGGCACGGUACCCGGGGCGGCCUGGCGCUUAUGCUCGGACAUGAUCUCUCCACACCUCACCCGGUUCGACUUAGAAACCUACAUCCGGAACAGUCCCCAGUUUGCUUACAUCGGUACAACUCCCAAGGGCUGCACUUCGCCGCACCUUUGCCUUGCGGAACCCACAGCUACUGAUGGCGAUGCCGGCCCUGCCCCCGGGUCCAUCCAUGCUCCGCCGCCAUCGCCCCCUGUGGAUCACAAUCAGGUGGACGCUGAUCGGCUGGAUGCGCAGGCACCUAUGCCGGAGCCUGAGGCAACCUCUGCGUCACACAUCACAGAAGAGAUUUUGGACACGCGGAAAGCUCUGAAACUUCACAUGGCUCGCUCGCACAAGAUCAAAAUUGAGCCUCAAGCAUUUGAUCGAGCAACGCACUCCGUAGAUGGGGAUGCAUCGACCCCUGCCGCACCUGAUGUCUCAUCUCCAUCCGCUUUAGGUCGACCAGUGGCGGAUGACUCGAGGGGACAAAGUAUGAUUUGCGAGGCUCCAGCGGCAGUGCCACGCGUGCCCGACCAUGCUGGCACUAUCACAUCUGAAUGUUCUCUUCUGGUGCAGGUCCGGAGUGUCCUCCAACAGAAUGGGGUCUCGGCCCUUUUGCGUCACUCGCUGCAAGCCCAACUUAAAAGUCACUGUGGCUUGUGCGGUCAAUGGAUGGCUUCCCCUACGGCACUUCGCAAUCAUUAUCGCAGCAUCCACUCUACCUUGUUUCAAAGUGCGGCGGCUCAAGCUGAACGCCUCAUGCCACCAUACUUUUUCCUUCUAGCGAUGGCCGGAGCUCAGAAAACCCAGGCCACGGAGGAUGUACUGUCUCAGCUACAGGAGUCCUUCGGAGCGGUGAUCGGGAAGAGGGGAGCACAAGCACCAGCUCAAUCGUCCACGGACGGCCGCGUGAACAAGGUGGGCAGAGGGAUGUUUCAGCUGGGUGGCAGGGGCAAGGGCUUCCAAGGUCGCGGUCGACCGCCACAGAACCGACCCAGGGGACCUUGGCAGGGUGGCUUCGAGGACCAGGAUCAGGACCAGGACGGAGAGCUCUUGCAGAUGGUUGCGAGAGCGGUGAUCAUGCAAGGCGACUCGAUCAAUGUGCUUCGUCGAGCGACGGGGUGGGUCUUCUGGGUCCGCUCAGGCGACCAUUCGAUCCUGCCGAUGCUGGCGGAGUUGGCCACCAAGUGGCACGAUGCGGCCCAAGCGGAGACCAUCUCUCCGACCCGGGUCUCCCUUCGAGUGGCCUUGUUCUGGGGAAUCAUUGCACACCUCAAGGACAAGCAUGCACAGAUGAACCAGGAGAACAAGGCCUACGCCCUCAAAAGUGGAUGGAUGUCGGAGGCGGGAUGCUGGAACUAUCAACGCUGGAACCCCACGCAUCAAUCCCUGGAGAUCGAUCCGGAGAGACAGGCGCUUACGCAGACCCAGGCUCAGGAAUCGCUGGAGACACUGCUCAAGCUGAUCAACGGCGAUACGAUCACUCGCUUCACGGCCAGGAGGGAGCUACAUGCCGAUAUGCAGGGCACAGUGGCUUUCCAGGCGGAUGUGGGACUGCGAGCCAAGGGCUCCGAGGAGCUAUACCAGCAGUUGGAACGACUCCGAGGGCUAGCAUUGUUCCAGAUCAUCGGCACCUCCUUUCGGCAGGAGGGGUACGGCCGCCCACCCUUGAUUCGGGCGAUUCAGAAACUCCUUCGCUGA